UGGAAAAACGUCGAUAAACGUCGCGUGCUUCUCGCCGAUCAAGUCGACAGCGAGAGCGGAUUGAGCGAGGGAUCGCGCAGGGGAUCGAGAGCGGAGGGUGGAUCGAGCAGUCGAUCAUCGCGGGCGGGGUCAGAUCCAUCGGCGACCAGGUCGAUCCCGAUGAAGACAUCGAGGACAGAUAGCAAAAUGGAGAUAAUAUUUUUAAUCAGUUUCUGCCUCGGCCUAGCAACCGGCUUUCGUGGGCCACAUCAUCCAAGGAGUAGCGUAUCCCAUCAUCAUUAUACGCCGCAAAAGGAGGUCAAAUUAACACAAGAUGCUGAGCUCCUUCACGAUGCCACGCAUCUAAAGGAAGACAUGGGCUACAUAGGCAAUCAGCUUGAUUUUUCAAAAAUGUCUGAGCAAGAAAUAGAAUUCCAUUAUUUUCAGAUUCAUGAUAUCGACAAUAAUACAAAGUUAGACGGACUAGAAAUUUUUCACGCUCUUGAACAUACUUUACAUGAGAGCGACGAGGAAGAUACGAUGCAAGAUACGGAACAAGACUUGAUUAUAGAGUUAAUAGAUAAAGUAUUGGAAGAAGAUGAUUUGAACAACGAUGGAUAUCUCGAAUAUGUCGAAUUCGUGUUGGGAAGACAAAGGGAUCAUAUUGCACAAGAGAAACGAAAUAAGUUUAAAAUUGAGACGUAAAUAUUUUAGAAACUUAGAUUAUAAGUGGUAAUUUUUAGUU